AAGUUGGAGUAAUAAAGAAGCAAAAGUUAGAAUAAAAUAAACCUUAUUAAAGCAUUCAAGUUCUUGAUGAACAUUCAAUUUCAGCUAGUUUCACAUGCAUAUCUCUAAAUAUGCAUAUGCUAUGGGUAUGUUUAGUCAGGGCCAAAUCGAAAAUUUAAAUUUGAUGGGUUCAUCUUUUAGUGUGUUUAACACAUUGUACUUUUGAAAUUAUCAAUUCAGAAUUUGGUAUAUUUGCUGAAAUUCUUAUGAUGUUUUACAUAUAUAUGUGCUCAGCAGGUUGCAUUAAUUAAAUUUCUUACAUUUUACGGUGACCUACUUUGUUGGAGGAAGUUAAACAACAUUCCAACUGACCGUUAUAUUUGCACAAAUUAAAAGCCCACUAUAUCAAUUCUUUAGAUCAACAAAGUAGUAAGGUGAGGAACCAGUAGAAGGCAAAGCCAGGGUUUGAUAAUAAAGAGCUAACAGAUGAGAAACUGGUUCAAAAGAAAGAAGAAAAGCACGGACAAGAUGGAUAGCAUAGCAAAAAGAUGGAAGCUUCUAAGUGGGAAGAACAACUGGGAAGGCCUUCUGGAUCCUUUAGACCAUGACCUACGCCGAUACAUCAUUCACUAUGGAGAAAUGGCUCAAGCAAGUUAUGACAACUUCAAUUCUGACAGGGCUUCAAAAAAUGCAGGGAAUUUUCGAUAUUCCAAGAAUCACCUCUUUGCAAAAGUGGGGCUCGAGAAAGGCAAUCUAUUCAAGUAUCGCGUAACAAAAUAUUUGUACGCAACAUCUUCAAUUCAGGUUCCUGAAGCCUUUAUCGUAAAAUCAUUAUCAAGGGAGUCAUGGAGCAAGGAAUCAAAUUGGAUCGGUUUUAUUGCCGUGGUCACGGAUGAGGGAAAAACUAUAUUAGGAAGAAGAGAAAUUCUUAUUUCUUGGAGAGGAACUGUUCAAACUUUGGAUUGGGUGGAUGAUCUUGAUUGUUUUCAAGUCCCAGCACCCAAAAUCUUCAGAGGUAACACUGACCCUGAAGUUCACCGAGGGUGGUACUCCAUUUACACUUCAGAUGAUGCACGGUCACCCUUAAAUAAGACAAGUGCCAGAGACCAGGUUCUUGAGGAAGUAACGAGAUUGGUAGAAGAGUACAAACAUGAGGAAAUCAGCAUAACAAUAACAGGUCAUAGCAUGGGAGCAGCAGUUGGAACACUUAACGCAAUUGACAUAGUUGCGAAUGGAUUCAACAAGCCUAGAGACAAAGGGAUGACCAGUGGUUGUCUAGUGACAGCUUUUCUAUUUGCAAGUCCCCGAGUUGGAGAUUCAAAUUUCAGGAAUGCAUUUUCCAAGCUGGAAAAUCUUCGGAUUUUACGUGUUAGCAAUGCCUUUGACAUCAUUCCAAAUUAUCCCAUGGUAGAUUAUUCAGAAAUCGGGGUCGAAUUAGCCAUUGACACCACAAAAUCGAACUAUUUAAAAGUACCCGGAGAUGUAAGAAGCUGGCACAGCUUGGAAGCUCAUAUGCAUGGAGUUGCUGGAUUCCAAGGGGCUAAAGGUGGAUUUAAGCUUGAAGUACAACGUGAUAUUUCACUUGUUAAUAAGCAUUUAGAUGCAUUGAAGGAUGAAUAUUGUGUACCAAGUUCUUGGUGGGUUGAGAAGAAUAAUGGAAUGGUCCAACAGGAUGAUGGAUCCUGGAAUUUGAUGGAUCAUGAGGAUGACGAUGAUUCUACUUAUACUUAAAUAUGGACAUUUCUUUCUCUGUCUGUUUUCUUUAUUUCUCCGUCGUUUUUUUUGUAUUAACAAGGAUGAAACGUAUUCGAGUGCUGACAAUGCUAUAACAAGUUGGAUAAAGUUGUAUCUGUAAGUAUUUAAUUUUAUAUGGUGAAAAUUCAGAAAAUAAUUUGAAC